AUGCAAGCGGCUCAAGCCGUCGAACAACAAGUUGAUGCUGAACUUAAUCGUUUAGAAAAAUUAUCUGAAGAUGAUAUUGAGAAAAUGCGUGCUCAACGACUUGAAUCAAUGAAACAAGAACAUAAAAAACGUCAAGAAUGGCUUGCAAAUGGUCAUGGUGAAUAUGAUGAUUUACCAGGUGAAAAAGAAUUAUUUGAUAUAACAAAGAAAAGUGAACGUAUUGUUUGUCAUUUUUAUCGUGAUUCAACAAUGCGUUGUAAAAUUGUUGAUAAACAUUUGGAAGCGUUAGCACGAAAACAUAUUGAAACAAAAUUUGUUAAAUUAAAUGUUGAUCGUGCACCAUUUAUAACUGAACGUUUACAUAUAAAAACAUUACCAACUAUUGCUCUAUUAAUUGAUAAUAUUGUUAAAGAUAAAAUCAUUGGUUUUACUGAUUUAGGAAAUCAUGACGACUUUUCAACUGAAAUUCUUGAAUGGCGUUUAGGUCGAGGUGGUGUUAUUGAUUAUAAAGGUGAUUUAAAUUCACCACCAGAUGAGAACGAAAAGAAAAAAACAAUUAAUUUAUUUGGAAAAAAACCAAAAACAAUACGAGGUGGAACGGGCGCUGGUGAUGAUGAUGAUGAUGAUGAUUAA